UUGGACCAGUUCGCUUCUGAGUUGGAACUUGCUGUGACAGCCAAAUUCGACGGCCACUGGUAUCCUCAACAACCGAGUAAAGGUAGCGCUUACCGAUGUAUAGUCAUCAACGGCAAGCUACAUCCACUUUUAGAACAAGCGGCGAAAAAAGUUGGUGUAUCAUCCCAAAUUAUUGCUAAACAUUUUCCUAAUAAGUUAUACUUAUGGAUUGAUCCCAAUGAAGUGUCAUAUCGCAUCAACGACCAGCGAGCGAUCAAAACUUUGUAUAGUGCACCCAAUACUAACGGC